AUGAGAGGCUUUCAGCGCUGGGUGGGCUCGCGGGGACUGGACCCUCACCGAGACGGCCACCGUCGCGUGAGAGUCUCUGCAGACUGUUCACUCGCUCUCCGCGAGUGGAAAAGGCCAGGUUUCUUGUCUCAGGGCGUUGCCAUGGGGGCAGUUUCAGCCAGGAAGGUGAUUUCCACAGAUGCCUCUCUUUCCGGCUGGGGGGCCACCCACGAGGGCAGAACAGUGAAUGGGGAAUGGGGCCCUCACAUGCGCUCCGCCCACAUAAACUGUCUGGAACUGCUGGCGGUUCACCUGUCGCUAAAACACUUUCUCCCUUGGCUGAGAGGUCAUCAUGUUUUAGUGAGGUCAGACAAUUCCACCGUUGUGGCCUACAUCAACAGACAGGGGGGUCUGGGGUCCCGCAAGUUAUACACACUGGCACACAGACUGAUAGUCUGGAGCAGUGUCCACCUGCUGUCACUGAGAGCAGCUCACGUGCCGGGGGUCUUGAACUUAGGAGCAGAUCUUCUCUCCAGGGGCAACCCGCUGUAUGGGGACUGGAAGCUUCACCCAGAGGUGGUGAAGCAGAUCUGGCUGCGAUUCGGUCAGGCGACCGUGGACGUUUAUGCAUCCAGGGAGAAUGCUCAGUGUCCCCUGUUUUACUCGCUGCACGAUCAGAGAGCUCCACUCGGGGUGGAUGCUCUAGCUCACGAGUGGCCGAGAACCCUCCUCUAUGCUUUUCCCCCAGUGGCCCUCAUUUCUCCAACUCUGGCCAGAGUGAGGGAGAGAAGUCACUAUAUGAUCUUGAUAGCCCCGCACUGGCCAGGGAAGCACUGGCUGGCGGAGAUUUUUCAGCAGCUGUGCGGCCCUCCUUGGCCGUUACCACUACGCAGAGACCUCCUGUCUCAGGCACAGGGAGAAAUAUUCCGCCCCCACCCAGAGAGGCUAGCUCUAUGGGCUUGGCCCGCCCUGAUUAAUAGGGGUAAAGCCUUCUCCACCAUCAAGGUGUAUUUGGCAGCAAUUUCAGCCUGCCAUAUUGGUUUUGAGGGAAAGACUGUUGGCCAGCAUCCCUUAAUAUGCCGUUUCAUGAAGGGUGCACGGCGUCACGGUGACAGCAACAGCCGCAACAUUCCUACCCUGGUCAAAGACAUCAGCAAUGUUGGAGAGGUGUCAUGUGGAAGCUCCCACACUAUUGCUCUGUCAAAGGAUGGACGCACUGUCUGGUCAUUUGGGGGAGGGGACAAUGGGAAACUGGGUCAUGGCGAUACUAAUCGAGUCUACAAACCAAAAGUAGUGGAGGCCCUGCAGGGCAUGUUCAUCAGAAAAGUGUGUGCAGGAAGCCAGUCAUCUCUUGCAUUAACUUCUACAGGACAGGUGUACGCUUGGGGCUGCGGUGCUUGUCUAGGCUGUGGUUCCUCUGAGGCCACCGCACUCAGACCUAAACUUAUUGAGGAGCUGGCUACCACCAGAGUAGUGGACAUCUCCAUUGGGGACAGCCACUGCCUGGCCCUGUCACAUGACAAUGAAGUAUAUGCAUGGGGCAACAACUCUAUGGGUCAGUGUGGGCAGGGGAACUCCACAGGGCCAAUCACCAAACCCAAGAAGGUCAUCGGCCUGGAUGGAGUCGCCAUUCAGCAGAUCUCAGCUGGCACCUCUCACAGCCUGGCCUGGACUGCCCUGCCCAGAGACAGGCAAGUAGUAGCUUGGCACCGGCCCUACUGCGUUGACCUAGAAGAAAGCACAUUCUCUCAUUUGCGCUCCUUCCUUGAACGAUACUGUGAAGGCAUCAACAGCGAGGUCCCUCCUCUUCCUUUCCCCUCAUCCAGGGAGCAUCACAACUUCCUCAAGCUGUGCCUUCGGCUUCUGUCCAAUCAUCUGGCGCUGGCCCUGGCGGGGGGCGUAGCAACGAGUAUUUUGGGCCGGCAGGCCAGGCCACUGAGGAACCUCCUUUUCAGACUGAUGGACUCCUCUGUGCCAGACGAGAUUCAGGAGGCAGUGAUUGAGACUCUGUCUGUGGGGGCAACCAUGUUGCUGCCACCACUGAGGGAGAGGAUGGAGCUUCUUCACUCUCUGCUACCUCAGGGUCCAGACAGAUGGGAGAGUCUCUCCAAAGGACAGAGGAUGCAGCUCGACAUAAUCCUGACCAGCCUCCAGGACCACACCCACGUGGCCUCACUCCUGGGUUACAGCUCUCCUGCUGAUGGCCCAGAGGUACUUUCAUCUGGCCCUGCCUUUACAGCUCUCCCAGAGCCUGCCUACGGCACCACCACAGGCCACCCCGACACUCACCUGGCCGAGAUUCUCAUGAAGACGCUGCUCAGGAACCUUGGCUUUUAUACUGAUCAGGCUUUCGGUGAGCUGGAGAAGAACAGUGAUAAGCUGCAGCAGGGCACAUCCUCCUCUGACAGCAGCCAGCCGGCUCACCUGCACCAACUUCUCUGCUCGCUGCAGAAGCAACUUCUAGCGUAUUGCCACAUCAACUCUCUUACUGAGGUACGGCUGCGCUCCUCUUUUUUGCAAUAAUUAGAGUGUGUAAACACAUGAUUCUUGAUGCUUAAUAACUUAGAAAAUAGUUUUCACACUACCAAAACAUGGCAGGAUGACGGGAUGGGGGAUUACAACACAAUUUCAUAGCCUCACAAUGUUGUAUUUGAAGACGUUUUUUUAUUUCCGAUUGCACUUUAAUUUCAGAUCAUACAUGGUUGUUGUAAUGAGG